AUGGAGAGAAGUGGUACGAGGAUUCGGAAGGAAAAAGACCAAAGAACGAGUGGGGCCAAGAGACAAAAGGGACAGGGAAAAAAAAAGGAAAAAAAAAGAAAGAGAGGAGGGAACUACGUGGCGAAGGGAUCCUUGAAAGGAACGAUUUCUGUGGGGCCCUGGGGAGGUCCAGGGGGUGACCAUUGGAGCUUCAAGGCGAGCCAUCAAGGGAUUACUGAGAUAGUCAUCCAUGAGCACGUCAAUAUAAAGUCCAUUUCUUUCAAAGAUGCCAAUGGUCAUAUUUCUGGGACAUUUGGAGGCCGAAGCCCCAAUGGCAGGGGUAAAGAAAAAAAGAUUGCAAUUUGUUGGCCUUCAGAGUAUUUGGAAUCCAUAAGUGGAACUUAUGGGGAAUACCAUGGACUAUUAGUGAUCAAGUCCCUAUCGUUUAUUACAAACCUUACCACUUAUGGACCUUUCGGAUCAACCUCUGGUGAUGACAAGACUUUCUCCAUUCCAAUAGCAGAUAGUGUCGUAGUUGGGUUCCAUGGAAGAGCCGGUUAUUAUCUUGAUGCACUUGGCAUUUUUGUGCACCCAGUACAUUCACAUGGAACCAUUUCAUUUGGGCCAUGUGGGGGUCCAGGUGGAGAUGAAUUUAGUUUUAGAGUGCUGGGAAAUUGGAUAAAAGAGAUAAUUGUUCAUGAAAAUACUAAUAUCAAGUCCAUCGCUGUCAAAGACGCUAAUGGGAAAUACUAUGGAAAAUUUGGUGGCAAUGAUCCUAAUGACAUUGGUGUCGAAAGGAAAAUUCAAAUUGAUGGGCAUUUAGAGCAUCUGAUAUCCAUAAGUGGGACAUAUGGAGAUUAUUGUGGACUUGAAGUGAUCACAUCACUAUCAUUCAUAACUAAUCUUACCACACAUGGACCUUUUGGAACUGCUCGGGGCACUUGUUUCUCUAUACCAAUCCAAGGUUGUCUCGUGAUUGGAGUCCAUGGAAGGGCUGGCUACUACCUUGACGCAAUUGGCAUCAAUGUGAAAUUGAGGGACAUAGAAGAAAAUAUUUCAAUAGGUCCAUGGGGAGGCCCAGGUGGAAAUCCAUGGAGUUAUACAGCAAACGAAGCUAUUAACCAGAUAAUCAUCCAUGUAGGGUUAAACAUCAAAUCCAUAUCUUUUAGAGACACAUGUGGCCGUUUCUCAGCAACGUUUGGCGGCGACAACCCCCAUGACACUGGUGAAAAGCAAAUCGUUCACAUUAAAUGGCCUUGUGAGCACCUGAUAUCCAUAAGUGGGACGUAUGGAAAUUUUGCCAGUUUAACAACGAUCACAUCUCUGUCUUUUACCACAAAUCUGGCUACAUAUGGACCAUUUGGAACCACUUCUGGUACUUCUUUCGCAAUCCCUAUAAACAAUAAUACAAUAAUUGGAUUCCAUGGAAGAGCUGGCGGCUACCUUGAUUCCAUUGGCAUCCUUGUUAAACACGAAACCACAAUUUAA